GGCCUGCGCUCCCUUCUCACACUGACUGACUCCCUCGGGUGCUCGGCUGGCUGGGAGCGGAGCUGAGCGGAGGAAGCAGCGGGGCCGCCCGUGUGGUGCCGGGAGAAAGACAAGGACGAAGCUCGGGGAUGCCGGGGCGCUGCCGCUCUGAUUGGAGAAGCCGGGGAGCGGAGGUAGUGGGGGACCGACAGCCUGGAUCUGGAGUUCAAAUUCCAGCUCCCCUCUGGCCUUCCCCUCCUCAUCCGCCAUGUUAACCAGAAAACCCGGGGCGGCCGUGGCCAUCCAUCCGGCCGGCAGAGGAAGCGAAGGGACCAGCCAGCUCCAACCAUCGCCAGCGUUACCCAGAUCUGCCGCCGCCGCCACCGGAUCGCCUGUCUCAUUGCCACCCCUCAGAGCCAAUACGAUUGGAGGCAAUAAGCACACAAUGAAUGAACAUCUGCACAUUAGCAGUCAUGGACCGAUCCAGGUGCAGCAGUUGUUUGAGGACAACAGCAACAAAAGGACAAUACUGACAACACAACCAAAUGGACUCGCUAAUGUUGGCAAGACUGGGCUUCCUGUUGUUUCAGAAAGACAGCUAGAAGGCACACACCGGAGACAAGGAAGUUCCAGCUCUUUGAAAUCUGCUGAUGGGUCAACCAAAAUGAAGUCCUCUUCGUUAACCCCGGAACAAGCAAUGAAGCAAUACAUGCAAAAACUAACAGCCUUUGAGCACCAUGAAAUUUUCAACUAUUCAGAGAUAUACUUCCUGGGUCCAAAUGCAAAGAAACGCCAAGGUGUAAUUGGUGGCACCAAUAAUGGUGGUUACGAUGAUGACCAAGGCUCUUAUGUGCAAGUGCCACAUGAUCACGUUGCAUACCGAUAUGAAGUAUUGAAGGUUAUUGGGAAAGGGAGCUUUGGUCAAGUUGUGAAGGCAUACGAUCACAAGCUCCAUCAGCACGUGGCUUUAAAAAUGGUGAGGAAUGAGAAACGAUUUCAUCGUCAAGCGGCAGAAGAGAUAAGAAUCCUAGAACACCUAAAAAAGCAGGAUAAAGAUAACAACAUGAAUGUCAUCCACAUGCUGGAGAAUUUCACAUUCCGCAAUCAUAUCUGCAUGACGUUUGAGUUGCUAAGCAUGAACCUUUAUGAGCUGAUAAAGAAAAAUAAGUUUCAAGGCUUCAGUCUGCCUUUAGUUCGCAAAUUUGCGCACUCAAUCUUGCAGUGCUUGGAUGCUUUGCACAAAAACAGAAUAAUCCACUGUGACCUUAAACCGGAAAAUAUUUUAUUGAAGCAACAGGGUAGAAGUGGUAUAAAAGUCAUAGACUUUGGAUCUAGCUGUUAUGAACAUCAGCGUGUUUACACAUAUAUCCAGUCUCGCUUUUAUCGAGCUCCAGAGGUCAUUCUUGGAGGUCGUUAUGGUAUGCCUAUUGACAUGUGGAGCUUGGGCUGCAUUCUAGCAGAACUAUUGACUGGCUAUCCACUCUUACCCGGAGAAGAUGAAGGUGAUCAAUUGGCAUGUAUGAUCGAAUUGCUGGGAAUGCCACCCCAAAAACUACUUGAUGCUUCAAAACGCGGCAAAAAUUUUGUCAGCUCCAAAGGUUAUCCUCGAUAUUGCACUGUUACAACCCUGCCAGACGGAUCUGUGGUACUGAAUGGUGGUCGCUCUCGUAGAGGAAAAUUACGUGGUCCUCCUGGGAGUAGGGACUGGGUAACUGCUUUAAAGGGCUGCGAUGAUCCCUUGUUUCUUGAUUUUCUAUCGCAAUGUUUAGAGUGGGAUCCCGCUCUGCGCAUGACACCCAGCCAAGCUUUACGGCAUCACUGGCUACGUCGGCGCUUGCCGAAGCCUCCAACGGGGGAAAAGACAUCAUCCAAAAGAAUUACCGAAAGCUCUGGUGCUAUAACUUCAAUCUCUAAGUUACCUCCUGCAUCAGGCUCAGCUGCAAAACUAAGAAAUAAUUUGGCCCAAAUGACUGAUGCCAAUGGAAAUAUUCAACAAAGGACCGUUUUGCCAAAGUUGGUUAGCUGAUUCAUAAACUUUUUUUUCUUUAUUUUUUUUUUCUUUAAACACCUUGCUGAGCCUUAUGCAUACAGCUCAAGUUCAUAAUAUUUUUAAUUGCUCAGUUUAUAUCAAUACUUUUAUCUGUGCAGCCAUUGUAAUUUUUAGUAAGGAUGCAAUUUUGUAUUUAAGCAAUGGGGACGAUGCUUUAAGUUUUUUUUUUUUUUUUUAAGGCAUAUCCAUUUUUAAUUGGCUUUGUUUAUGAUGUGUCAAAAUCAGUGGCUGGCCACUGUCUAUUGCUUGACUGUUAAACCUAAUUUAUUGGUGUCCGAAGGAUUAGCUACCAAUCAUUCGUUUUUAAAGUAAUUGCUUAAGUGCUCUGAGAAACUGGCUCCACACAUUAUUUUAAUUUAUUUUACAAAGUAGACUUGGCCAAAGUGGAUGUAUCUUGUAUGUAUGUUGGGUAUGAAGAAGUCGCUUCCCAGUAUGCAUUUGACAUACUUUGCAUAUCUUCAUACAGUUGAGUAAAGUGUUUUAAAGCAUGUUAAUGAUGUUGGAGGUAUGUGCAAAGAGUUAUUAAAAAGUAAAGAGUAUUUGUUUGGCGGUAAACUAUGUCAAACGGCCAGAAUCAGCUUUCAGCAGUGUAAAGGGUACAGACUAGUUAAAGCUUGUAUCUGAUUGGUUGCAACAUGUGCCUCAGUUAUUUAUGGAUUUUUAAAAUCUCACAGCUGAUUGGUGGUUGAGAAUGAGGUGUAUGUCGCUGCUUGUCACAGCUGUUAAUUAAAUAUUUUUUAAAUAAAUACUAGUCUCAUACUGUUACACCAGGGCUCUUAAAACUGUUGUCUAAACAAAGGGCCAGUUUACAGCCCUUCAAACUUAAAACAGCGGUCUGCCCACCCCUUUGAAAAUCAAAAGUCAACAGCGAUAUAUGCUGUAACUGCUGACUUUUUAACAUUGGGACACUUGCGGGUAAGGGAACCUUUCGGCUUCACGGUCAGGUCCCUACUGCGCAUGCGCAAAGUGUGCUGCGCUCUCACUGGUCUGGCAGAAGGAGGGGGACCAACAUGUGACGUACUUUGCCGCGGCCUGGUCCCCCGAAAAGGUACCAAAUGUGGCACCGGAGGGGGGGAGAGAAUUGGAUAAGCGAAAGUUCCACUUUUGGGUGAAACUCUGUUUUUAAGGGGGGGUGACUGUGGCUAUUGGGAGUAAAAAAGGUCCCGAUGUCAAUGGGAAUAAACAAUGCACCAUCUUUGGUGUUAGUGGGAAGAAUCGUGCCCCAUCUUUGGUGUCAUAGGGGACAAAUGUUGGUGUCAUUGGGAGGGGUUGUGGCCCGUCGUUGGUGUCAUUGGGAGGGGUUGUGCCCCGUCAUUGGUGUCAUUGGGAGGAACUCUGGCCCUGCAUUGGUGUCAUUAUGCCCUAUUUUUGGUAUUGGUGGAUGAAAAUAGUGCCCCAAGGGCUGGAUAAUGGCAAGCAAGGGGGCGCAUCUGGCCCCCAGGACAUAGUUUUGAGACCAUUGUUUUACACGCAGGGAAGGAUAUUCUGCGUAAUAUAUUCUUUUGAUACUUUUUAGUCCUUUUUUAUGGUGGAGUCAAAUUAUUCAGAUUUUUAUUUGUAAAUGUAAGCCAAAUACCUAUUUUGUGUGGUGCAGUGGCAAGGAACCCGGAAAAUGCCAUAUUUUUUUUUUCUACAUACAACUGAUGCUUUUAAUAUAAUCUUUAAUGGAAAGCACCUGCAUUGGUUUCGGUUAUCGCAAAUGUCCCCUAUGAAGAAACACUAGAAGUUUAUGUGAUUGCUCCCCACAACAGUAUAUGACUGUUAACCCUUUUCAUUUAUGCAGUAAACCUAUAUGGUUGAUAGUGUGGUUUUGAAUGUGACGUCUACAUUGCAUCCACAUCACUAACAUUUGCAGUUUCUAUUCACACUUAAAGCAUGGUCCCCAAAUGCAUCUAAAAAAA